UUUAUUAGCAGCGGUCCAUGAUGAUGGUGUGAUAAUCUUUCACUCCAGGAUCAAGAGUGGUUUGGAAAUGAUAAAUUAUUUUUCUCUGACCUUGGCAUUGAGCAUCAAACUGGAAAAAUCUCCCGCAGAUCAUUUGAGAGGACAGAUGAGUGAUUCCCAUUUACCAGUCUAGGUGCUAGCAGAGAGAUGGGGACUCCUCCGAUAACAUGCAAGCAGUGGGUAGUAUUCCUGAUUUGGACUACAGUUUCAGAUGGGUACAUGUAAUUCCUUCAUUGCACCUUGGAUGACUGGUUCUGUUAGGUUAUGUGAUAAAAAUCUGUUCUCUGCACAAACAGAGGAACAAUGAUGGAUGGGGGAACCCCAGAGAUACCCUGCCCCUCCCCCCUUCCCCUGGUACCCUGUCCGGGGUAUUUCCAGGCGCAUUGAAGAAGCACAAAGGCAGAACACCAGCAGGGCACCUCAAUAACCCUUCAGGGAAAUGGGGCCCUACCGAGAGACCCCCAAAACGUGCCAGAAUGGUGAUCACCCCUUAAGCUGUGUGUGACACCCACCACAUGAGUUGAAGGGAGAAGUUCUCCAGAGGAUCUUACAGUCCGAGGGGGCUGUACUAGAGGCUCCAUCUACGAAAUGUUUGGAAAUGAAUGCUGCCUGUCAACAGGAGAAGUCAUUAAAGUUAUUGGCUUCAAAAUUAAUAAGCUCAUAGCAAGUAUCUGCGAGAAUAAUGAAGUCAGCCGGUUUUCAGCCAAAGUGGAAUUACCACUAAAUUUUCCUGGUCUUUAUAAGGUUGUGGCAGAUAAAACCCCAUACACCAGCAUUGAAGAAAUUACAAGAAAAGUCCCCAUUGGACCAACAAGAAUUGGCCAUCCGUGUUUCUACAGCCCUGAGGAUAUAAAAUUGGAGAACCUCACUGUUCAACAUGGUGAGCAUAUCACCUUCAACUCAGUGGAAGAGGUCAAUGGAAUUAUUGCUGUGAACUGUGGUGUGGUCAGAAAUAAACAGACUCAUUCCUUUACCUUGCCCCUUUCACAAGAAGGAAAAUUCUACGAGUGUGAAGAUGACCAGAUAUACACUCUAAAAGAGAUUGCAGAAUGGAAAAUCCCUAAGUGCAGAAACCGUGUUGUCAAACUUUCUAACACUUUACAUACUUGGGACUCCUCUAAUCCACUUCCUGAGAAUUUUGGUGGCUGCUUGAUUCUCUCACCUGUCUAUGAAGUGCAGGCAGUAAUGAAAUUUCGAAAAGACAUAGUUCAUAUCCUCUCAGAUCUAGAUGUUGAGGUCAAGGAUAUAACAGACUGUUAUGAUAUUAGCUCUUUCCUUCAGCCACUGUGCUUGGAAGAUGUAUUUGAGAGAACAAGCAAGGAAUUUCCUAUGGUGGCUGAGAUCAUGGAAGGGCCUUCAGGAAGCCAAAAACCUUAUAAGUUAUUGCAUACAGGGAAAGAGAUCACCAUCUACAAAAAGUACCAGGCAACACGAGUCCUCGCAUCCGAGAUCAGAAGUGAUUCCCCCAAAAGACAUUUUUUAAUCCCUUUGAGCUACAAAGGAAAGUUCAAGAGAAGACCUCGGGAGUUUCCAACCGCCUAUGACUUAGAGAUAGCAAGAAGUGAAAAGGAACAGCUUCACGUUGUAGCAACUAAGGCCUUUGAUUCACCUCAUAAAGAGCUUUUUUCUGUUUCAGUUGGAGACCAGUUUCUAGUUGAACAAUGCCAGACCAGUGAAGUUCUGUAUGAGGGAAGAAAGAAAGUCAUAGACGUUUUAGCUUGUGAACAAAUACUAAGUGACACAUAUAAGAAAGUGUUCCUCCCUAUGUACAUGGAAGGUGGCUUUGUGGAAGUGGUUCACGAUAAGAAACAGUACCAGCUUUCUGAGAUUUGCAAAGAAUUUCGUUUGCCUUUUAAUGUCAAAGUGUCCGUGAGGGACCUUUCAGCUGAGGAAGAUGUACUGGCUGCCGUGCCUGGUCUGCAGUUUGAAGAAGAAAUCACAGACUCUUAUUUACUGAUCAGUAGCACCAGCAGUCCAUCGGAGAGCUGGGAGAUUCCUGUAUAUCGCUUAAACAUGUUGGUCCAUUUGCUCAGCAAAGAUGUCCAGACAGUUGUACCUCCUGCAACUAAGACAACAGUGGAAGAGAUCAGUGAAGAGCAGUACUAUAUGGUGAGAAGAUAUGAAAAUCAAACCCUUCAUCCACCACCCAGGCCUCCCAAAAAGCCAAGAACACUCGUACCAAAAUCUGUUUCUGCAGAACCUAAGCAAGGUGUGUCUGAUGUACUACAGGCUCCAAAGAUUUUCUGUGUAGACACCACCAAGAAGUUGUGCUCAAACCAAGCUGCUGAAGUUUUGGAAAUACAAGUUAGUUGUCAAAAGAGUUUGAUGCAUCGAGAGAAUAAGAAGGACAUGGCUGGGAAAGCUACCUUAGUGGAAACCAGUGUGAUUAAAGAUUACACAGAUCUAACAAAGAAGGCACUUGGGAAGUGUGACGCAGAAAAGGAAGAGGAAGAAGAGCAUGACUACGACUAUGUGGAUGAAAAUAUAAUUGAAAACAUAAGAAAAAUAUUUCAAGAUACAACCAUUAGAAAUAAGCAUGCAGUCUCUGAAGGAAGAAGAGACAUCUGAAGCAAAAUAAUUCUGAAGUUAACUGGAAACAAAGAGGAAGCUGUGUCCUUCACCUAUGAGGAUGAAUUGCAACUGUAAGAAAAAGCUGUUCAUGAAAGUGUCCUUCUUAUCUCAUGAAGAACGUAUGAGGCUGUAAUUUAACUAUAAUAAUCCCCUGAGAAACUAAACUGCUUACUCUUCCUAAACAAGAAGUCAAACCAGCUAAUGUCUCAUGACCCUUUAAACGGACAAAGUUCCUCUGUACAUAUUUAUUCAUGAAUUCAGUCAAUUAUGCCAAGUCAAAUCCUUCAUUCUUAUUGCACCUGAAAUACCAGUUGACUUUCCGAACCACGGUAGGGCGAGUGCAAAAAGAACAUCCCUUACUGAAACAGCUGUGCAGAUGUUUCAUUUGGAUUUUGGAGGACAGAAGGUUCAAAAUUGCAAAUGGCCAGAUUCUGCCACUCUUUCAGACAACAAGC